CGCUUUCUGCAGACGGGUUACACGCUUUUUGAUCGCUCCAAGCUCCCGUACCGUAAUACCAGCCACAGUGCGCAACAAAUCCCGAGAGGAGGAGGGUACUGACAGCGGUCUCCGGAAGACGGCUUCCUGACCGGAGAAGCUGCGGUACCGAUCGAGUUGGCGUUGAUUUAGGCCGAGCCAGAACAGAGACGACGAGCAUGUGAUAGUCACCCGCAGGAAUAUCAAGCAUGUCUCUAGUUCGUAUUGCAUGCCUCCUCCUAUGGUACCUUCAAACCGUUGUUGUUGGUGAGGAACUGGCCCAACCACAGGAUGUGACCCUUAUUACCAUGAACACCAAUUACACCUUGAGCUGGGACUGGCCCCAGCGUUCUGCAGACAGCCCAGCUGUCACAUUCACCACACAGUAUGUGGGGAAAUACCAGCUGCGGAACUGGAAGAAGAGUCCCAACUGGUCCACAGUAUGUAAUGAGAGCCCACUGAAGUCAUGUGACCUAACAGCUGUUGGACUGCACUACCUGGCCAUGUACGUGCUUCGUGUGCGUGCCAACACAAAGGAGCGGCACUCUGUCUGGGUGCACAAGGAAUUCUGUCCUGAUAAAGAUGCUGCUCUGGGUCCUCCAGUCAAAGUGAACCUUGCACUCGACGAAAGUAACAUAGAAAUAUCUAUCUCUGAACCUGUGACCAGUGCCAACACACCCAUGAGGAACAUUGUUCCAACGCUGCGCUAUAACGUGAUCUAUUGGGAACGCUCAGCAGACACACAGACCAAGAUGCUAACCACAGAUACAUCCUUGGUGUAUCUGCCUAACCUGAAGGCUUGGACGUGGUACUGUGUGAGCAUCCAGUCACGCUAUGACUUCUACAAUAAGAGCAGCAUCCUCACCCCACCCCAGUGUAUUCAGACUGAAGGUAACAUUCUCUGGUGGCAGAUCUUUUUGUACUUCCUGGCUUCUCUGGCGAUUUGCUUCCUAGUGGUGCUGCUCUCGGUCUUUAUGUCCUUCUGGUGCUACAGGAUUAUUAAGGCAACAUUCUUCCCAUCUGACCAGCUGCCUCAACAUCUCAAGAAGUAUCUUUGCAGCUCUCCUGGUUCUGAUGUUCCUGGCCUCCUCACCCCAGACCAAGAAUGUGAACUGCUGUGUAAGAGUGUGUCCAUCUCUGCCAUUCCAACAGUCCUGGAAAUUUUCAGUCCUCCUCCUGAGGCCCUGCCAACAACCAGCCUGGAGCCAAAUAGCAGACAAAGUCAUGAGAAGAGCAGCACCAGUAGAGACUCUGGAGUUUUCUCCAGAGAGGGCAGCACCAGUGUGCAACAGUCCAGUAGCAGUCAGUUCUAUAGAGGGGCCAAAGACUUUGGGUGGAGUCCCUUUGACCUGGAGCAGGUCAGCAUGCAGUCGAUGGCUCCAGGGCUCAAAUGUCAACCUCUGAAUGCAGACGAGGGCAUUGUGGACAUGUGUGUCUAACGGGAAGAAGAGCAUGAAGCAAGGAACAUGCACUGGAGAAUGUGCCUUUUCUCCAAACAUCACUGUGAGACGAUGCGAGGAAGAAGCUGUGUUUGUACAAUAAAUACAUAGUCACCCCAUGAAGUGACUCUAAACACUGUCACAAUACAGAGACACUGUAUCUGUUUAUGAAACAAUCUUCAACAUUACUGCUUCUCUUUUACUGUUACAUUAAUUAUAGCAGUGUGCUGUAAGUAAGCUCAGUAAUGAUUGGAUUUGUCUGGUCCGAUAAAAGCUGCAGACACUCAGCUAUUUGCCUAUUGUGUGCACAUAUUGUAGCUUUAUGUGACGUGAUUGGAACAAGUAUGAAUAGAAUUACUUUAAUUCUGGGACAUUCAAAGGUGUUUGAAUCCAGUGGCGUGUGUGCGUGGGUGGAAAAGGUUUGACUGGGCCCCUGGCGGCUGUAACAGACCAGACAUGCGUCUGUGUUGUUCACAUGCUCUGUUUAAAUGCUGGCAUGUGGCUCCAUUCAGAGACCCUGCAAAGUAUUUAACAUGGUGCUUCCCCCGGGACGUGGACUGGGUGAAUGAUACAGAGCCUGUUUUUGCUUCACUUGAAUAGCUGUGUCAUUCAUCACUUGAGUCCGUUCAGACGUCGGUGUGGACCUUUACAUCAGACCGUGCUGCUGAUUGUCAUUACAACCCAUGUACAGGAUGUUUCAAUUAGAUAAACUCAAAAAUUGAAAUGAUGGCAUCUGACCUAAACUUCUUUUUCUCAUUAGCUGUUUAUUUUACAUAGAAUUUUUGCAUUUAUCUGCAAAAGACUCUUACAUGUUUCUGUUUCGUUUUAUGUCUCUGUCUCUUUGUUCAAUUUGGGCAUUUGUAUUUACGGCAAACAUUUAAAUAAAUAUUGCUGUUUUUUUUA